AUGCAAGUAAUAUUUCUACUAUCAACGAUAUUUCUAUCCUUUGCCUCAUUUGUCCUUUCUGGUAAAAAUUAUUAUCAGAUAUUGGGAGUCGAUAAAGCAGCACUGGAUAAAGAGAUCAAGCAAGCUUAUAGACAAUUAACGUUGAAGUAUCACCCGGAUAAGAACCCCGGGGAUGAAGAGGCACACGAUAAGUUUAUCGAGAUUGGUGAGGCAUACGAGGCAUUGAGUGAUGAGACCAAGAGAAAGAAUUAUGACAUGUAUGGCGAUGUCAAUGGGCCAAACCAGCAGCAUCAAGGCGGAUUUGAUUUUGGCGAUAUUUUCGGACAGUUCUUUGGUGGUGGUGGUGGUGGUGGUGGUGACGGUGGCCACCGUGCAAGGGGUGGAAACGGCGGACAGCAGAUGAAAAGGGGAAGCAAUACCAAUCUCGAUUUGAAUUUAAGUUUAAGAGAUUUUUACCGAGGGAAAUUGGUUGAUUUUGACGUGGAAAUGCUGAAUGAUUGUGAAAAAUGUCGUGGUACGGGAUCACUGGAUGGCAAGAGACACACGUGUGAGAAAUGUCGUGGGUCGGGACAAAUUACUGUGCACCAUCAAUUAGCUCCUGGUUUCACACAGCAGAUAAGAAUGGUAUGUGAUGAAUGUGGUGGUGUUGGGAAAACCAUUUCACAGCCAUGUGGCGAUUGUAAUGGUGCCGGUGCUGUGCGUGGCCCAAGACACUAUCAAGUAUAUUUGCAUCGAGGACAAUCUAGAGAUGGCACUGUUGUUAAGGAGGGUGAAGGAGACCGCAAUCCUCAAUGGGUUCCAGGGGAUUUGGUUGUACGAUUUAGGGAAAAACUUGAGGAGAGUUGGGGAUAUAGACGUAUUCAGGAUAAUUUGUAUAGGACGGAAGUGAUUCUGUUGAAUGAGUCGUUGAAUGGUGGAUGGGAAAGGAAAAUUGCUUUUUUUGGUUUUGAGGAAGAUGAUUUGAAUGAAAUUGUGUUGAAGAGGGAACCAGGUGUAAGUAUUUUGGAUGGUGAGGUUGAAGUGAUCAAAGGUAAAGGUAUGCCUGUUAUGAGUGAUCACGAUGAAGACGAAAAGUACGGUGAUUUAUUUAUUGAGUAUAAAGUUAUUAUACCUGGUGAUGGUGGUAACAAGAAUAGGAAAAAGAAAGGGGUCAAGAAGGACGAAUUAUAG